AUGGCCGAUCCCCGCUCUAGCUCUUACAGGGAUCUGGCCAAGAACUACGAGAGGCAACUGGAUACCCAAAUAGAACAGGGCAUCUUUAAGCCAGUUUUCAUAUAUCAUGUUGUCAUCCUCAACAUCUUACCUUUGAUAGGUCUGGUCAUUCCCCGCAGCAGGGGUGGUCAAUAUGUCCGAAAGGGCAUUUUCGUUCUCUGUAUUGCAAUUGCAAUUGAAAUUCUACAACACCGACGGGCUAUCAUCGGAGGAAAUGGCUAUAUGCUUGGCUUGAUGACCGCUUGGUGGUUAGUAUGGAAUGCCACCUUGUUUGUGUUUACAGACCUUGAAAAUGAUUUCAAGCGCAUUGAACGGAGACCUGUUGAUAUCAAAUCUCAAAAUGACCCCAAGAUUGAACCUUGUACUGCCAAAAAAUCGCCUGGCUCGAACAAUCCAACAUGCCUACAAGGGGACGGUAAUCUGUUUGUCUGGCGUUCAUAUCCCGAAAGGUUUUGGCAUCGACUUGAAUGGUCCGCCGGACUACUCUUCAAUUUGAGAGGACCAGAAUGGAACUGGCGAGCUUCCCAUCUAGGUCCCCUUCCACAACCAGUUCAUAAGCAACUGGAUUCGGGAUUCGUGAGCAGUAUCAAAGCACAUGAACCCUCCACCUAUCCUAGCGGCAAACACCGGCUGCAGGCUGCUUUUCGGAAGUUCUUUAUAUCUUACCUUGUACUGGACACCCUGAAAGUCAUUAUCCUGAUGCCAGAUCCCUACUUCCAAGGCCUCGCUCCAGCCGAUUCGCCAACGCCGUUUCCAUUCUUCUACUUCACAAAUCUUACAUUGUAUCCUGUGAUGGCCCAGCUCUGUCAUCGUUUAUACAGCGCCAUAAGUGUAUAUUUUGCUCUCGAGUUCGUGACAUCACUCAAUCCAAUCUUCUUCCUGGGACUAUCUCUCGCAUUCCCCAACGGGGCUAAGAACUUGACCGCCGCACCAUUAGGGGCCCCAUGGUUGUAUUCCGAGGCAUUCGGGCCAUUCUUCAGCCCAGUCCUUGAUGAAGGAUUGGCGGGUUGCUGGGGUCGUUGGUGGCACCAAAUCUUUCGGUAUGGAUUUGUAGCUUCGGCACGCUGGAUUCUAUCUGUGCUUCCAGCCGGAUUAGCCUCCCAUAUGCAAGUCCGUCGUGGCAUUUACGUGAUGGUGGCUUUCUGUCUUAGCGGCUUUGUACAUGCCUGCGGAAGCCAUACCCAGAUUGCAGAUACGUCCCCGAUAUUCGGGCCUUUCCUAUUUUUCGCUUUGCAGGGUGUUGCAAUCAUGGCAGAGCAGUUUUUCAAGACGUCAAUCCUCCCGAAAUCCCCCUUUGCUGGUGCGCCGAGGUGGCUGAGAAGAACAGCAAACUUUGUAUUUGUAUUUUGUUGGUUGAUGACCUCGGGUGGCCUCAUCGCGGAUGACUUUGCCAAGGGUGGCUUAUGGUUGAUGGAACCUCUCCCGAUUAGUCCACUUCGUGCAUUGGGAUUUGGACUACAGGGUCAAGGCUGGUGGUGUUGGAAUGACCCUUGGUUCCGAUAUUGGAGUGAUGGUACAUACUGGGGGAGUGGCAUACGGGUGUUAUAG